GUCUCUCUCUGAAACCUUCACUCUGCCACCAUGCUGCCGUCUGUGUUGCUGCUGCUGCUCCUCAGCGGAGCUGAAGCUGCUUAUUUUGGUGUCGUCUUCAGCUACUCUGUUGGAGACUUCCAGCCAGCCGGAUACCCAGCAACCACUAACUUCAAGGUGAGCUUCAGCUCUUGUGAAGAGUUCGACCUUUGGCUUUGUAAUGGAAACUGCAGCAUGCUCUCAGUUUAUCCACUUGAUGAAAGAGGAGGUGAAUGGUGUCAGACAGCCUACACUGAGUCUGUUGCAGUUACAUUCCUGUCGACGUUGGAUACUCCGUUUGAUGCUACAAACUGGACAGAAAACAGAAAUGGGAUUGAACUAUCGGCAGCUACGAUGCUCAUUGAAAUGAGAAACCGCUCUGACAUCAACAAGCCAAACUCUUCACCCCAAACCACCAUCAUCCCUCUGCUGAGAGUUCCUUCAAACUGUCAGAGGAACAUCAACCUGUUGGUCUCUGACCCGGAUGGAGACGACGUCAGAUGCAGAUAUGCAGCUGAUCCAGAGUGCAUCACCUGCACUCCUCCGUCUGUCCUCAGCGUCUCACCAUCUUGUUCUCUGUCAUUCAGUCCCACUAACAGCAGUGAUGAAGGUCCGUAUGCGGUUCAGAUGGUUCUGGAGGAUUUUACCGGACAGAACAUCAUUCUGACUAACGGCAACAAUUCACAGGAGGUGAAACCUCAGAAUGACGCCAUCAGCAAGAUCCCUGUUCAGUUUGUUUUCAAAGUGGAUCCUGCAGCUCCGUCCUGCACAGCAGGUGAAUAUCUGCCCAGGUUUCUGCCUCCAACUCCUGAACAUGGAGAUCAGAUCCACACCAACGUCAACCAGGCUGUGGAAAUCAGCGUCAGAGCAGAAGCAACGCAGGCUGAGACCACUGAGCUCCUGUUCAGUGGACCAACAGGUGUAACCAAGAGCUCAUCAGGAUCAGGAAACUUCAGCCUGACAUGGACGCCAUCGGCCGGUGAUGGAGGACUGAACCAAACUCUCUGCUUCGUUGUCCAAGCAAACUCCUCCGGCUCUGUGUACCAGUCUGACUUUCGAUGCGUCUUUGUGACGGCUGGGAGCAGUCCAACAACCGUUUCCCCUCCGACUGCAGCGACACCCCUACCAACGACGUUUACAUUCAUGACAAUCCUACCUCCAUUCACAACUCCACAAACUACACCUACACCUUUUCCAACUACAACUACACCUCCACAAACUACAACUACACCUUUUCCAACUACAACUACACUUCCUCCAACUACCAACCAACCCGCUGCAACAUCUGCAGCAGGGCCAUAUUAUGUUUUGGCUCUGAAUGUAAAGAUUUCCACCUCACUGUCACUGGAGACUGACUCUGCCACCAUCACCAACCUGAUCAAAGAUGAGCUGGAAAGACAGGGGCUGCCUCCAGAUCUGACGUUAAAGCUGCUGAGUGACGGAGUGGUGAAGGCAACAGCCUGAAUCUGAGCCUCAGUGUGGUUAGAAACAGAGUUUUCUUCACUUUUCAUCAGAUUCAUGUGGUUAUACUUACUUUAAUGAACCACAAUGACAAGUUACUAUCCUUUUGCUGAAUGGGAACAAAUACUGUAAAGCCAGAAUACCCUAAUAUUUCCAGUUGUUUACCCAUUUAAAAAUAUAUAAUAUCGCUGUCCUUUGGCCUUUAAGAAGACAGGUUUUGGAUAAAAUCCAGUUUCCAGAAGAACUUAGAAACAUAACCAAAAACCUUUCAUGUCAUUUAGGAUCCCAGACUCACUUCUUGAUGCUAAAACCAAGCUUUUCUGUAUUCCUUACAUAUUUUUGCUGACGGCUUUAACUUUCUGUUUUUGUGCAGAAUAAAGUUUUGUUAAAAGUAUUUCAUGCAGAUUCAGUCUGUCACGGUAAAAAAAGAAACAUGAAAAGCUGAAGGUGAAAAUGUGUGGUUAUGAAUCCUCCAAAUGAAAGUAAAAUAUGAAAUGUUGAGUUUUGUUCAACUCAGAAGUUUCGCUGUCAGCAUGAAGGUAAAGAAUUAGAAGCUUUGCAUAAUUAUUCGAUAUAUUCCCUCUUGCAUUGCUGUGUUUUUAUGCAGCAGCUGCUUUUUGUUUUCCUUAUGUUUAGACAAUAAAGUUUAUGAUCAAACAUGAUGAGUUUCAGAGUAAUCCUUCAACAUCUGUAUCAAAUUAUGGCUUCUUCUGAGUAAUAAAAUGGAUUUUCUUGUAUCUGUGGGGGGAAAAAAGAAAAAAAAAAGAUGUAAAAUCUG